CGGUUCGGUCUUCGACGCGCGAGUCGCCAGAGCCGCGUUCUCAGUCGGAAUACUGGGCCCACCGCGGAAUCCCGAGCAGGGUUCUGAGAGAUUCGCCUUAAAGACCCUGAGGGGAGGCCAGAAUUGGUUGUUUUUCUGCUCCCUCUCAACAUGAAGGAGGAUCAUGUACAGGAAGAAUCAGGAUUCCAGGAUGAAGAGGAGUCUUUGUUUCAAGACAUUGACCUAUUACAGAAACAUGGAAUUAAUGUGGCAGACAUUAAGAAACUAAAAUCAGUAGGAAUCUGUACCAUCAAAGGGAUACAAAUGACAACAAGAAGAGCACUCUGCAACAUCAAAGGGCUCUCAGAAGCCAAAGUGGAUAAGAUUAAAGAGGCAGCCAACAAACUUAUUGAACCAGGAUUCUUAACUGCAUUUGAAUAUAGUGAAAAGAGGAAGAUGGUUUUCCAUAUCACCACUGGAAGUCAGGAAUUCGAUAAGUUGCUUGGAGGUGGAAUUGAAAGCAUGGCAAUAACAGAAGCCUUUGGAGAAUUUCGUACUGGAAAAACACAGCUGUCUCAUACCCUCUGUGUGACAGCUCAACUUCCAGGAGCAGGUGGCUACUCUGGAGGAAAGAUUAUCUUCAUUGAUACAGAAAAUACUUUCCGUCCAGAUCGCCUUCGGGACAUUGCUGACCGAUUCAAUGUAGACCACGAUGCAGUACUGGACAAUGUACUUUAUGCACGUGCAUACACUAGUGAACAUCAGAUGGAGCUACUUGAUUAUGUAGCAGCAAAGUUCCAUGAAGAAGCUGGCAUCUUCAAGCUAUUGAUCAUUGAUUCAAUAAUGGCACUUUUUCGAGUGGAUUUCAGUGGUCGUGGGGAGUUGGCUGAACGGCAGCAAAAAUUGGCCCAGAUGUUGUCACGUCUCCAAAAAAUCUCAGAAGAAUAUAACGUGGCUGUUUUCGUGACCAAUCAAAUGACUGCUGAUCCAGGAGCAACUAUGACCUUCCAGGCAGAUCCAAAAAAACCCAUCGGAGGCCACAUUCUGGCUCAUGCUUCAACAACAAGAAUAAGCUUGCGAAAGGGAAGAGGAGAACUGAGAAUUGCUAAGAUUUAUGACAGCCCUGAGAUGCCUGAAAAUGAAGCCACCUUCGCAAUAACUGCUGGAGGAAUUGGGGAUGCCAAGGAGUAGGUGGUGAAUUGAUGCAAAUUGCUUCUCGGUGCUUAUUAGGAGCUGAAGAAGGGGAGAAGCAAUCUUGAAUUUUAAAUCUUGAAAGAAGAGUUUGUUUUUUUCACAUGUUAUUAAUGGAAAGUCAGCAAAAGAGAUUUAAAUCUUAUAUUUAUCUUAAAAGUUCCUGAUAUAUAACUAGACAUUGAAUGUCAAUUCAAAAAUAUAUAUGCAUAUUCUUGAAUUACUUACAAUAGAUACAUACACAUUUGCCUGUCAGAAACUAUUUGGGGAGGGGUAUUUGAUUCCUUCCCUUUUGCUUCUCAAAGUAAGCCGUUAAGUAAACAGAAAGUCCAGAAGCUUACAAAGGU